AUGAGACCCCCCAAACUCCUCGCUUUCUUGCUUUGGCACCUGGCUUGGCUGGACCUGGGAUUCAUCUGCACUGUGUUGGGAGCCCCUGACUUGGGCCAGAGACCCCAGGGGUCCAGGCCAGGAUUGGCCAAAGCAGAAGCCAAGGAAAGGCCCCCUCUGGCCCAGAACACCUUCAGGCCGGGGGGUCACAGCUAUGGUGGGGGGGCCACCAAUGCCAGGGCAAAGGGGGGCACCGGGCAGACAGGAGGCCUGACACAGCCCAAGAAGGAUGAACCCAAAAAGCUGCCCCCCAGAUCGGGUGGCCCUGAACCCAAGCCACGACACCCUCCCCAGACAAGGCAGGCUGCAGCGCGGACUGUGACCCCAAAAGGACAGCUUCCUGGGGGUAAGGCACCCCCCAAAGCAGGAUCUGUCCCCAGCCCCUUCCUGCUGAAGAAGGCCAGGGAGCCUGGGUCCCCUCGUGAGCCCAAGGAGCCGUUCCGCCCACCCCCCAUCACGCCCCACGAGUACAUGCUCUCGCUGUACAGGACGCUGUCCGAUGCUGACAGAAAGGGAGGCAACAGCAGCGUGAAGUUGGAGGCUGGCCUGGCCAACACCAUCACCAGCUUUAUUGACAAAGGGCAAGAUGACCGAGGUCCUGCGGUCAGGAAGCAGAGGUACGUGUUUGACAUUAGUGCCCUGGAGAAGGAUGGGCUACUAGGGGCCGAGCUGCGGAUCUUGCGGAAGAAGCCCUCGGACACGGCCAAGCUGGUGGCCCCCGGCAGCGGGCGGGCUGCCCAGCUGAAGCUGUCCAGCUGCCCCAGCGGCCGACAGCCGGCAGCCUUGCUGGAUGUGCGCUCCGUGCCAGGCCUGGACGGAUCUGGCUGGGAGGUGUUCGACAUCUGGAAGCUCUUCCGAAACUUUAAGAACUCGGCCCAGCUGUGCCUGGAGCUGGAGGCCUGGGAACGGGGCCGGGCCGUGGACCUCCGUGGCCUGGGCUUUGACCGCGCUGCCCGGCAGGUCCACGAGAAGGCCCUGUUCCUGGUGUUUGGCCGCACCAAAAAACGGGACCUGUUCUUUAAUGAGAUUAAGGCCCGCUCUGGCCAAGAUGAUAAGACCGUGUAUGAGUACCUGUUCAGCCAGAGGCGAAAACGGCGGGCCCCACUGGCCACGCGCCAGGGCAAGCGGCCCAGCAAGAACCCCAAGGCCCGCUGCAGUCGGAAGGCGCUGCAUGUCAACUUCAAGGACAUGGGCUGGGACGACUGGAUUAUCGCGCCCCUGGAGUAUGAGGCCUUCCAUUGCGAGGGGCUAUGCGAGUUCCCCCUGCGCUCCCACCUGGAGCCCACGAACCAUGCGGUCAUCCAGACCCUGAUGAACUCCAUGGACCCUGAGUCCACGCCACCCACCUGCUGUGUGCCCACACGGCUGAGUCCCAUUAGCAUCCUCUUCAUCGACUCCGCCAACAACGUGGUCUAUAAGCAGUAUGAGGACAUGGUCGUGGAAUCUUGUGGCUGCAGGUAG